GCUUCGAAAAUGGCCAACAUCUUGCCAGAUUAUUGACUUUCUUCUUCUCUGCUCCACACAGCACCCUUCGAUUACAAUCCCAUCCGAUCCUUUCUUCGUCUCAGUUCUCUGUGCCGCAAUCCUUUCAAUUUCGGUUCCCAGCCAGACGCUCACCAUUCAAGUUCUUCCCUUUUCACCUCAUCCCCAGCUUGUUGCCGUCGAUUCUCAUCCAUAGUGGAGUCGGUGCAGCGCAGCUAGUCCUCGCCGCCCGCAGGGAUCUGACCCACCCUCAACGGAAGUAAAUCCGAAACGCUUCCCGGUAUUUGACCGGUACCGGUACGUACCGUACCCAAAGGAAAACCGGUACCAUGGCCGGUACGGUAUUCAAAACCUUAUUUGAACAUUCAAAUUCAAGUAGGGAAGAAAGAGAAGAAAAAACAAGAGACGCUUGAUUUAUCUGCUGCAUCUCUUCUGUUGUCGUGACGUUGAUCGCGAUCAAGAUCGUUACCGGGUAUUGGGUUUCUCCAAUUUUCUUUCUUUUGGGCUGGCAAACCAUUUGUGAAGUUUCCAAGGGCUUUAUUAUUAUUUAGUUAUGGAGGAACAACAGCAGCAGAAGAAGAAUAAGUACAGCAUCAUCGUCCCCACUUAUAACGAGCGCCUCAACAUCGCCCUCCUUGUCUAUCUUGUCUUUAAGCACCUCCCGGAUGUUGAUUUUGAAAUGAUAAUAGUGGAUGAUGGAAGUCCCGACAGAACUCAAGAUGUCGUCAAAACGUUGCAGGAGGUGUACGGAGAAGAUCGCAUUCUGUUGAGAGCUAGACCUAAGAAGCUUGGGUUAGGUACCGCGUAUGUCCAUGGUUUGAAGCAUGCUUCAGGGAAUUUCGUAGUGAUCAUGGAUGCUGACUUAUCGCACCACCCAAAGUACCUGCCAAGUUUUAUCAAGAAGCAGAUGGAGACUGGUGCAAGUAUAGUUACUGGAACCCGGUAUAUCAAAGGUGGUGGUGUGCAUGGGUGGAAUCUGAAGCGCAAAUUGACUAGUAGGGGAGCUAAUGUCCUUGCACAGACACUUCUUUGGCCUGGUGUAUCCGAUUUGACUGGAUCUUUCCGGCUAUACAAGAAAUCUGUGCUUGAAGAUAUCAUAAGCACUUGUGUUAGCAAGGGAUACGUUUUCCAGAUGGAGAUAAUUGUUAGGGCUUCACGGAAAGGAUACCAUAUUGAAGAGGUUCCAAUUACUUUUGUGGAUAGGGUGUAUGGAAGUUCAAAGCUCGGAGGAUCAGAAAUAGUAGAAUAUCUCAAGGGCCUCGUGUAUCUUCUGGUUUCAACUUGAAAUAGAGUGGAGAUUGUUACUCACACCACAUUUUACUUGCGGAAGAUUUGUUUGCCUAGUUACAAAUUUUGGCAUAAUUGAUGCAGUUAUAUUUUUUCUUUUUUUUGAAUGGCAAGAUUGAUGCAGUUAAUCUGAUCAGCAAACAAUAGCAUCUUGUCUACAUUUUGCUUAAAAUAUUGGCAGGAUUUUUAUUUGUACCCUCAUUCAUAAAGUGCUUCCUCUGUGAAAAAUACUCCUACAUGUUCUAUUAUUUUGUGACAUAUUUGUGAA